UGCAGUGUAGAAAAUGAGAAUGUGAAAUUUGAUGAGAUUUUCUGGACAGAAAAUGUGUGUGCGCUCUUAGCUUGCCUGACAGAAAAACAAAUGCAGUUCUAUUUGAUAGCAGGGAGCACUGCCACCCUAAUCAGCGACCAUGGCCAAAGAGCAUCUGUGGGCAGAUUUGGGCCCCUUUGUGAGGGAAUGCAUGAAAGCAACAGAUUGGGCUGAAAUAAGUGCAGAAGUGAAACACAGCAGAAGUGUAGGAGCAUUUAUGUCAAAAUGUGAUUUUGAGAUUGAAGUACAGUAUGUGGAUGAUUUGUUGAUCUGUGCAUAUGAUGAAGCUAUGUGUGUGGCUGACUCUGUGUCCCUUUUGAAGCACCUAGAACGAGAGGGACACAAAGUCAGUCUUUCAAAAUUGCAGUUUGUGAAACAGGAAAUAAAGUUUUUGGGACAUGUUAUCAGACCAAACAGUAAAUCCAUCUGUGACAAACGGGUACAGGCCAUAAAAGAUGUGCCAAAACCAAUUACGAAAAAACAAUUAUUGUCAUUUUUAGGAAUGUGUGCUUAUUGUUAUAUAUUUAUUCCUAAUUAUGCCAUUCUUGAACAGCCUUUGCGAGCCCUGAUGACAGGGAAAGGGCUGAGGUAAUGUGACAAGCUUGUUUGGACAAGCGAAGCCGAAGAGGCAUUUGCUAACAUGAAAGUGCAAAUGGCUCUGGCUCCCACUUUGGGUCUGCCAGAUGUAAACAAACUGUUUGUUCAGAUGGUUGAUGAGAAAAAUGGGUUUCAUGACUUCUGUUCUUUUGCAGACUCAUGGAGACAGACUGCGAUCUGUGGCAUAUUUUUCAACCAAAUUGAUGCAGUAGCAGCAGGUCUACCACACUGUUUGAGGGCUGUGGCGGCAGCUGCACUGGCAGUACUGGCAUCCAGAGAAUUUGUGGGGUAUUCUGAUUUAACUUUGAUGGUUCCACACGCAGUCUCCAUGAUUUUGCAAGAACAGAGAACGUCACAUUCAUCUACAGCCCGAUGGCUGAGGUACCACACAAUUUUAUUGGACAUGCCAAACAUAACUGUUAAAAGAUGCACAACUUUGAAUCCUGCCACACUUCUCCCCACAGAGGAGGAUGGCGAGGGACAUCACUGUUGUCUGUCAGCGCUUGAACAGGUGAAAGCUGCUCAGAGAAAGGUUGCUGAAACCUUCCUGCAUAAAAUCAGGCCUGGUGAUUUCGUUGUGAUUCGUGACCUGAGGAGAAAGAGCUGGAAGGCGAAAAGGUGGCUGGGACCAUUCCAAGUGCUACUAAUGACUCACACGGCAGUGAAGGUCGCAGAGAGAGCUAUGUGGGUUCAUGCCAACCAUUGCAGGAAAGUUCCGUCCACAUCGCAGGAGAAUCAGCAACAGGAAGAGAUUGUUCCGAGUGAAUGUCAAUAAACGCCGAGAUCAAGUUUGAACACCAAGUACCACUAUCAGUGGAAGAGCAAGGCCAACCACAGAGAAUAACACGGCCUGUGUGCAGAGUAGACCCCAUCGUGUGGUCACAAGCAGUAAUCAUUGUGAAAAGGUACGAACUGAAAAUAAUUCAAGGAAUAUUAACAACAGACCCCUGCAUUCUAGCUGUGUGUGUUUAAGAGGAGCCAGACACAAGAAGAAGGGAGGAGACUGGAAGAGGCAGGCAGCCCUAGUUGUGGAAACAGCAUCCGGCUGGGCACCAUUAAUCAGCAAAACAGAUAAGACUCUGACUGCUUCAAAGACUGAACUCCUUCACACAUUCUGGUCACACAGCUGCAGUACUGAUCUAGCAAAUGGAAGAAAUGGAGCGUCCGAGACCGUGGCACCCAUUCAGAGUGCUGGGAAUGUGUGGUCUGGGUAAGAGUAUGUGCAUAAUGACUUUGCUUGCAGUGACAAUUUGUAUGAUAAUACUGCACCUUACCGAGGGCCUGAGAGAGUUAUCAACAGAAAACCACACCAACUGGACUGAGACAACUGCGCCAAACAAUACCAUCCGAGAAGCGCAUUUAUGUUCAUGGAGCCAACGCGUGGCCUGGAAGGAGAAAUUAUCAUGAUUCAGGAAGGAACAAAUGUGACUUUCAACUGCAACCCGUUUCAAAAGAACUGUCCGAACUGUGAGGGACGCAGCGAAGAGUAUGUACCUUUCUAUGUCUGCAGAGAUCCAUGCAAGAGGGGCGACGUGAAUGUUUAACUUUUGCCUGGGGUUUUACAAAAGCACUAUGCAGCAAAUGUGCAGUGGUCAUUGUUCUUAGGGGUGGGUACAACAGUAACAAUUAAUAAGAUAAAUGGGCUAGCAUGGACAGUAUUAGCAAUAGCUAAUAGCACAGAAAAUGCUUUGACAAUGAUAAAUGAUGAAAUGAAACAGUUAAGAGAUGCGGUCAUACAAAACAGGUUGGUUCUUGAUAUGUUAACUGCAGAGAAAGGGGGAGUUUGCAAAAUGUUGGGAAUGUCUUGUUGUUUCAAUAUUCCAGAUUACAGCGACAACAUCAUGAAUGUAAUUGAUCACAUGAGAAAAGCUGUACAGGAGCCAGAACAUGUUGAGAGUACAUAGGUUACUUGGUUUAUGAAUCUCUGGGGAGGAUAGGGGUAUUGGCUGAUUCAAACUGUGUUACCAAUUGCGGUGAUAGGACUGUUGAUAUUGUUAUGUUUACCAUGCAUUAUAACGUUUGUUUCCAGCUCAGUACAGAGACUGGUUAAAGCAGGGAUGUCUGUUCAAUUGGAAAAAAUGACAGUCUAUCCAGAGGAUGAUGAACACAAAUAUGAUGAUACAAGUAGCGAGAGCUACUGUAAAAUGUGUUAAAAUGAGGUAUGUCUUUUCUUUCUGAGAAUGUUUUGAUAUGUAAAGAGGGUUAUAAGCAGUGGUCAUCCAUGUUACGAGAUGACGUACAAGGAGAGGGUUUGAAAUGAGGGAUUUUAUUAUACUUUUAUUCUUUGUAUUUUUAUAGCCUGCUGACAAAAACAAGAGAUGUGACAUAACCAAAAUGUCAAAUUGAUGUGUUUUUCCUACUUAAUCUGUACACUAUUUCUUGUUUAUACUGAGGUGACUGAGGAUCUGAUUUCCAUGUCAGAAGUGCAGUAACAGUGUUUACUCAUUUAGCCCAGCUUCAGAUAUAGUCUUUACU